UUGUAUUCAGUAUACAAAGCGAGAUUGAAAUAAUUGAAAGAGAUAUGGAAUGAAUUUGGUAAUUAUAUAGAGAUGAAGACAACUCACAAACCGACUUUGACUAUUCUACGUUCUAUUUUUUUUAUUUUUUUUAUCAAAUAUAAUAUAUAAAACAAGUUAUUAAGAGUAUAUAAAGCAAGUAAUUAAGGUGAUCAGGAAAACACACCAAGCUAAGAGAGGUCAACAUGGGAGGAGCCAAUAUUGUGGUAUGCGUACUUCUGGGCAUCCUAGGUUUCGUUGCUGCCGGUCUUGGUUUUGCUGCUGAGGCCACUAGGAUUAAGGUGUCUGACAUAAUUGUAACGAGAUUUGGUUGCGACUACCCUAGUAGUCCAGCUAACAUACUUGGAUACAUUGCAGCAUUACUCUUACUCGGAGUCCUUAUUAUUACUAGCUCUAUUACUCGCUGCGCUUGCUGCAACAGAAACACUGCUAACAAUACUCAAUCCGCUGGAGCCAUCUUUUUCUUUAUCAUAUCAUGUAUUGCUUCUAUCAUAGGAAUUGGUAUCCUAGUAGCAGCUGGUAAUCUGAGCACUCGUCAAGAGUAUCUCAGUUCAACCGGAUUAUGCUACUAUGUAAAACCGGGUGUGUUUGCCUCCGGUGGUGGUUUGGCACUUGUGGCAUGUAUUUUUGGCCUAUGCUCCUAUAGUUCAUCGACAAAGCAACGUCGUGAACAAGUACCAGCAGCGGUUCCAUAUCAAGGGGGCGGCGUUGCUAUGGGUACUCCUCAGUUUGAUACUGCCUCUACAAACUCGAACCCCAAGCCACGACCGGUGCAAUAUGCUGUUUGAAAUACUAGAAUUUUUUUCUGUGGAGUUUGAGAUCAUAUUCUAAUGAUAUACUUCCUCCGUUCUACUAAUAUUGCAACAAUGGACUGCUUUUAAAUUAAAAAAAGUUUUGUAUCUGAGUAUGAAGGCAAGACUAGGGACCUAAGUUUGUUAUUGUAUUUUGUUUAUUAUUUAUCUAAAAAAAAAAAAUCUAGAGUGGAAUGGCAUAAUCUGUCAUCUGUGUUUGUAAUGUGUAAAAAUAUUGAAUUGUACAAUUAUCAUUUGAUUUAUUUAAGAAUUU